AUGCUGAGAGGCAGCAGCCGAUGCGCAACGCGUUUCGCCGAUGUGGCUGUGCAGAAAAACGCUCUUCCAAGAUGUGACUUCCAACUCUCUCCAGUCAACUACUUCGUCACUUCUACGAGACGAGAUGCAUGCCCGUUUUCCCCGAAAAGCGACCGCGACCGGUCGCCAGGGUCACUGGAGACUGGGUGGCUUUCGGCGUCUACGAAGCCGUCGCGGGUGGCUUUCUACCAGACCUUCCCGACGGAAACUGGAGCUCUUUGCCGAGACGAAAAACGCGCAAAACAGGAUGUCGCACGCGCCAUACGAAACGGCAGCUGCUGGCAUCAAACCGUUUCUGAGAGCCCGUGGAGUUCGCGCGUACCGACGCCCGACCCGGGGACGAAGGCAAGACAGGAGCGCUCCUGCAUGUCGAGAGCACCGGAACGGAACGAUCUUUCGAAAAGGUCCUCUCGCGUCCUCAGCGUGGAUUUAGAGAGCAAACGCGGGAGAGAAGUCACGCGCAGAUUCAACGCACAUCUUCGACGUUCCUGCGAAGCAGAGAGAACGAGGGGAAACGCGCGACCAGUGCCUACGGACAAACGUCGGGUGGGCGUUUCGGGUGUACCUACACCCGAGGACGGCGGCCUUGGGGAUGCGGCCGAGUCAGAGGGGGAGUCUUUGUUUUCUUUUUCCGCGGAAAACGGAGCGUGUGACCUCGAAGCGCCUCCCAGGAGAGAGCGUCCACGUAGAAGACCUCCAGACGUCGAGGCAGCUGCGUUUUACGGAGUCGCGCCUCCUGCACUGGUAGCGACUCAGCGUGAGAAGCAGUCGACUGCGCAGUGGGUGGAUCUCGGCGGCGGCAGAUCGCCUGGAGAAGAGUCUUCUCGGCUGGAUGGCCCAAGUCGACCGACAGCGGGGGGAAAGGCGAGGCAACGGGAGGUCGACACUGCAGGCGACUUGGCAGGUUGGAUGGCCCUCAGGUCUGCUUCUGAGCAAGGAGCGUUCGGGCGUCAGACCGGAAGGGAGGCGAGAGCGACACAGACGAGCAAAGUGAACUCUUGCAGACAGACACGCACAGACGAAGAGAGGCUCUCCUGGACGACAGAGCACCUGCGGAGAGCGGCGCGAGCGGAGACGAGAAGUCGCCGGCAGAAAGGAGAAAGAGGAGACGACGCGCAUCGUCUCGGCGAUGAAGCGAGGGAAGCAGAACUGACAUCUGCGCCUGGAAAAGAUGCGCAAGAGGCAUCGGCUGUGGCGCAUGUUGCAGUGCUUUUCAAGAGGUCCUUGAAACAGCUUCUUGUCCCUGUCAUUGGCCCCGCCUCUUCCUCGUCUGGCGCUGCCGCCUCUCAGGCACUUCCGAAUCUGUCUUUGUCUGUUAGCGGAUCGGAAUCGCUCGAGGUUUCUUCGUCUGCCGUGAAGAAGCCUCUGCUUCUUCGGUCGUCGUUUCCCCUUCUCUUUGGGUUUCUCUACCAGAUGCAAGAGCGGCAAGCGGCCUUUGUGUCUCAGCAGCGGGAGCAGAGACUGCAGAGCAUGCGCGACGCGACGCCGUCUCCACCUCGGACGCUCCGGCUCGCGCAGCGACGACUCUUGCAGCUGCAACGCGAACUUGCCAGUCUCCGCGAAGAGCUGCAGACCCAGCAAAGGAGUCCCGAGAGAUGUGCGGAUGCCCAGGCGGAGAGACAUGCGCUUCUCGUUCCGCCGAUUCUCACUCAGCAGCUCGAGCAAAUCCUCGUAGAAAACGCCGACAGCUUCUCGCUCGUCGAUCUCCACCUUCUUCUGACCCUUUCCUCUGCACAGGCGCAGUUCGCACUCUCGCUGCGGCCUUCGGGUGGACGCGCAUCCGAGCUGUUGGACGCGAGACUUCGCGCCUCACCCGCGGAGCCGCGCUCGGGGGGCCGUGGGGUCUUCGAAGAGGAAAACGCUUCCGUCGCUCGCGCGGCAGCUGUCGCCUGCUUCGCCUCCGAGCCGCUGCAAACAGAGACACUUGAAAAGGUCUCGAGAGGUUUUUUACAGGGUCUCGGGAAAGAUGUGUGGCUUCUGCAUGCGCUCCUCUCGCCUCGCCUUCUCGCGCGCGUCAGCCAAGUCGCGAGCCGCAGACUGAGGGAGCUGCGAGGCGCACAGCGCCGACAGUUCGCAGACUUUACUCGCCUUCUGUCUCUCUGUGCUCUGGAAGCAGCGCCCAAGGGGGCGAGAAAAGAAGAGGGAAACGAGGGCGACUUGGAGAAAGAAGAAGAAAGUCUUCAGGGCGAAACGCAGAGCGAACUAAGGAGACCAGUGGAUGGAGACCUUGGAAGCGGAAUUCACUCUCUGCAUGCUAUGGAAAGGCCCGAGUUGUUCAUGUCGAUGGAUUCCUGCUCGGAGUCGCCCAUCAGCCUUUCACACAAAUCGCGAAUUCAAAACGCCUGGCGAGAAGGACACCGUCGAGAUGCGAAGACAGUCGAACGUCUUCUUCUCCUCUUUGUCACGCUCCACACUCGCGUGGGUGCCCUCACCUGUUCUUUUGCCCCGGGGUCUUCUUCUUCUCCGUCGUCUUCUCCUCGUUCUUCUCCUUCCCCAGUUGCUGCUGCCUCCUCUUCUGCCGGUGCGUUUUCCGGUUCGCAGCUCAUGGAGCUGGCGCUGGCAGCGCAGAGCUCUCUGACGAGCGGAGACUUGCUGGACUCCCUUUGCGACUCGCUUCUGUGCUUGCUCACCACUCCCUACGAACUUUCGUCUGCAACUCGCCUCCCUCCCUCUCUCUGCAGAGCCGUCCCCACACCUGCGAAAGGGAGAACGCAGACAGAGGACCGCGGCGACCGACGAUGUGAAGAGGGUCGAAGACGAAGCGAAAGCGAGGCAAGAGCAGUGUCGGACAAUGGAGACAGCGCGCGCCGCAAGGGCGAGAGCCUCGGUGCCCCACCAGCUGCAUGCGGGGAUGCCGCAAAACUCUUGAAUCGGCUUUCAGACCCUCAGACGUCUCGCGAGGAGUUUGAGGAGGCGGAAAAACCAGCGAGCAACGACGAGAGAGAAGAGGAGAGAAGAGAACAGAGAGGAGACGAGCGAAAAGAAGAGAGAGGCGACGAUAUAAGAAAUGAGGCAGAGGAGGAGGAAGGGGGUAGGACCAAGAUGCGUGGAAGCAGCGAGUUCGUUGCUGAAGAAAGUCUCAGGAAAACAGAGAGAGGGCGAUUUCGAGGACAACAACGGAUAGAGAAUCAUCUGGAGGCGAGUGCUGCGGAGCCGUCUGGAGACAGUGAGACUUCGGGUAUCUUGCCAGUUUUUACGGAGGGAAAGGGGGAGGCAAAAACUGCCGCUCCCAUCCUUCUUCACCCUUCGUCCCUGUCGCGGCUGAUCCUCGUUUUCUUCACUCCCUUCUUUCAGUCUGCUCUGGAGCCGUCACCGUGUCGCCAGCGCAUGCAACGUGGUGUAUGCACACCCGAGAAGGCCCUUGCGCUCUGUCGAGCUGUCAGCAGUCAGGUGGAGAGGCAGCGCGAGAAAAUGAAGGCGACGGACUUGCAGAAAUGCGUGUCUUCUCUGCUUAUCUUUCGCGCGAUAUGCCGGGCGUCGGCCCCAGCUCCAGAACAGAAGAGUCUGAGAGAUACUUUUCAUGGUGCAGCUGCUUCGACUUCGUCACGUGAGAUUCGCGUUUCUCCUUCCCCUUGUUCUUCUCAUUCUUCGACUUCUUCUUCCUCUGCUUUUUCUUCUCCCUCUGCUUCUUCUGCUUCUUCUUCACUUCCUCCUCUCUGCACAGGCAGUCAAGAAGCAGCCAGCGGUCCAGGCCCUACGCGCCCUUCCCUCGCCUGCGGUGAACAAACGGCUGACGAGAGGAGGGAGCGUGGAGAAGAGCAGACGGUUGAGGCCGAGAAAUGGAGAGCACAGUUUUGGGGAGAACUGGACGGACUUGCAGAGUGCCUUGUGUCUGAACUUGUCCGCGAAACCAGAGACACAAGUUCUCUUCCAGAGUCGCUGCUGUCGCAGUCUCGGGGGUUCCUCCUGGAGCGCGUCAGCGAGACGCAGAGGGCGGGCAGAGGGAGAUCCGAAGUCCCCACGGAGUCACGAGAGGAAGAACAGUUGUGUGGAGAACAAGAGGAGAGAAAAAAGGUCUGGCUGCUGAAGGAGAUUCGGCGACUCCUUCAUUCUUUGCCCCGCGCUGGACCGCGUGGAUCCGAGGAACCAGAGGAGGAGCACGGGGAAAGAUACGCGUCCACAUUCGACAGUGAAAACAAACACACAGAGAGAAAAGAGAUCGAUUUCGAAGGGACACCAAAGAAGAGAGAGGAGACAGGAGAAGGCGACGUUUUUGCUGGAAACGCAAACUGCGGCCUUUCCAGGGAAGCCUUGCCUUCCUCGUCCUCUUGUUUUUCAGGGUCUCUGUCGUCUCAGUCUUCCAAGAGCUACCAUCCAUCUGUCUGUAAGCGUUCUUCUUCGCCUUCUUCUUCUGCUUCAUCUUCUUCGCCUUCUUCUGCUUCGUCGUCUUCGUCUUCUUCUUCUGCUUCGUCUUCUUCUUCUUCGUCUUCUUCGCCUUCUUUUUCUGCUUUUUCUGCUUCGCCUGUUCCUCCGUCCUCUUUUCCUUCUUCUCGGGUCCUGUCUCCAUCAGAUUCUUCUUCGCUUGCUUCCCAUCUGUCUUCGUCUGCCUGCGGCUUUGUUGUGGAGAGAAGCGGCGCUUGUCUCGCUUUUUCUUCUCUGUUUUCUUCGGUGUUCCCUUCCUCGAUUUUGUCGCACUCGCGGAGCCUGCGCGGCACUGCUGCCUCGCUGGCGGCUGUACGUAAGCACCGGCGACGGAUGCAGCAGCCUGUCCACUUCCUCGCUCACUUUGAGAAGUUCCGGCGGAAACAAGAAGAGAAGAGUCGCGAGGCGGAGCUCCUGCGCGCGUUCGGCAGGGUGCUCCUCGCGCGAGCGAAGGUGGAGGAGAAAAGGCAAACCGCGGAUCGGAGAAGCUCGAACUUGGUGAGGCAGUGCAUGUCUGCAUUCCUCGAACAGCGAGGAGACACCCGCCUGAUGGAUGCGCUGCUUCUCCCCUCCCUCUCGCUCUGUUUCCACCUGCAAGUCGCAGAAGCGAAGAGGCUGUCGAGCGAGAGACUCGCUCGGAACUCUGGACGACUUUGCCGAAUCGAAGGACGCCGACGACUAGAGCAUGACCGCGAAAGACACGGAGAGACAGACAGCGAAAACGAGACCGACAGGGGCGCCCGGGGCACUGCAGAAGAGUCCCGAAGCGUUCCCAACAGCGAGUGUAGAAGAACCAUCGAGAGACAUAUUGAAGGCAAUGGUGAGCAAGAGAGAGGGAGUCGAGAAGCGCGAGCGAAGGAAGACGACGUGGACCAGGAAGACCUUCCGUUUGUAGGACCUGUCGGGGUGCUGAAAGAACUGCAGCAACUUCUUCUGUUGCCACCCGAGAGCUGGGAGCGACACUUGGCCUCGCGUCCGCUGCUGCGCCUCCUUCAACUUCUGAAACUGUCUGGACGUCACUACACUGGCAUAUGCGAAUUUCUGACGAACAACGAGGAGCUGCUUCUUCUUCCUCGACUCGCGACAACGCAGGGCGAGCGCGCGAGGCAGCGAGGAGUGGACGGGAGCUGCGCACAGUCGAUUGCAAAUGAGCGGGGCGACGGGGCGCAUGCAGAGACAACGAGGAUCGGAAGGAAAAAGUGGAAGAACUCUUCUUCCUCGGAGGCCUCGCGAGCAGAGAGGCCGUGGAGAAGACAGGAAGGAGUCUUGGGAGAAGGAGGAGAAACCACGGAGAUCCACAGAGACAGGACAGAUGCAGCGAAUGCAGAAAGACACAGCAAAGACGUUCACACAGAGCCUCUUGUCGUGGUGCUGCAGACGAAGAAAACAAACGAGAGAGAGCGUCGCGAUAGGUUGGAGCGUGAGGAGGUGAAACAGAGAGAAGGGAGGACGACGCUUCAGUCAGCCGAGGGAACGAAGGAUGUGAACGUGUACUUGGGUGAUUUCAACGCUCAAAGAGAUUUCCGUUUCUCGCUCAACAUGCGAGAUCCAUUGGGAAUACGUACACUCAACAGCCUCUCCUUCCUCCCUUUCGCAGUGGCAUCCGAGAGGCGUUUGGAUGCAUUUCUCCUCACCUUGAUUCGAGUUAUUCUUCUGCAGCUACGCCAGCUUCCUGCGGCUUCUUGUCCUCGGUCUGCUCGAUAUGACGAUAUUUCACAUUGCCAUACCCCUCUCGAUCCUUCUGCUUCUCCUCCUUCCUCUUCGUACUUUUCUGCCUCUUCUUCGUCUUCCUCUUCUUCCUCUUCUCUCCUGUCGUUUUCGUCUCCCUUGGAUCCUCAUUCUUCUGGGGCUUCUCCGUUGUCUGCUUCUCCUCGGUCGCCGGCGGUCUUUCAGAGUGUGCCGCAGUCCGCUGCCCUCGGAGUCGGCCUGUUGCACGCGCUCGCGCUGUUGACUGAGCAACUCAAAGCGAAGAACGUUUCUUCCUCUCCUCUCCAGAGAGAGGGAGACAGCGCAAUUCUCUUGAGACACCUGGCGCAUGCAACGGGAGAGGAAGUCCUUCAGCUGCUUCUGCCUGGCGACAGACUGUCGAAAUUGUCACUUCUCCACUUUCUGCGUCUAGUCGUGGCGACCAACAACCUCUUUCUCUCUCCCUGUCUUCCUGCAUCUCUCGCUGCCUCAACUCAAGGAGUUGUCCUCUCAACUGGCCGAGGCGGGGGCUCCGAUAAAUCCGUUGUCCCUCAGAGUCUCGAAGUACCUCGCGCAAGACCGCCUUUCGCAGAAAAAGAGGGGAAAGAACUCGUGUUCAGAGGCAACCUCUCGCGAGACGAAGAAACAAACGAAACUCUCUGGACGCGUCCGGCACCGGCGCUCUCCCCGGGUGUGCAGAGACACCUGAGGGCGCUUGCGGCGACGGCCAGCUGGCUGCUCCUGCCCGAAGAAAGUCACAGGACGCAGCCUUCUCCGGCGUCGAGGGAGAGAGAGAGAAACGAGGAAGGUGGAGUCAAUCGCUUUGCAGCUUCUGAAAAACGGAUAGAGGUCUCUAUGGGAUCCGAACGAGAUGGAGGCGAAGAGAAAUCCACAGCUACGGGUGCAGGGCGACGAAACGCGCAGGCAAGAAGACGGAAGAUUGCACGAGAGGCGAAAGAGUGUCGAGGAGAGAGAGCAGGCGAAGAAGCGUUUGAGACAGAAAAAAAAGCGAGAAAAGAGACAGAAGUUCCGGCAUUCUGCGCCGUACCCCCAAGUGCCCUGGCACCUCUCACGCGCUCCUUUGCUGAGGUGUACAGACACCUCACUCAGCUGUCUGUACACCUGAGGUCUCGCGACGAGUUCGCGCGUUCCUCGCUUCCUCGACAGUCGGAGUUGCAAAGAACUGGGAACCUGGCCGGGAUCCCGGAAGGAGACUCAUUCCCUGUCUUGUCGCCAGCCUACGAACAAGAAGUCGACAUGGUUGAGGUCCUUCGAGAAGCCUACGAGGAACUUCUGCUCCUCCUCGCUGCCGCCGCACUCAGCGCUCAGAGAAGCCUCACCCAGACCCAGUGGAAGACCAUAGGUCAGGCGCUUCUCUUCAGUGUCUGUACAGCCGAGUUUCUGCCUUUCUUCGAGGCGACGCUUCCCCUUUGUCGCCGAGGUGCCAUCAUCGAGCCGCGCGAAGAAACGGAAGAGAACGACCUCUCGGCUUCGCUUCUCGACGUGGACGCCGCUGUCAUGGAUCUUCUUCUUUUUCUUCGAUUUCUGUCGCGAUGCCCUGCUUCCGAUUCUCGCUCUUCUUCUCCGACUUGCCUUCUGUCCUCCAGUUCUCUCGCCUCGUCCGUUUUCCGCGUUCCUCUCGAAAGCGAAACGGAGCAGGGGCGACGGGACUCAGAAGCAGAGAAAGAAGAGGGCAGAAACACGAGAGAGAGCCUGCGGAGUCGCGAGCAGUGCAACAGAGAGAGAGGAGGCUUUCGCUUCUCUGUCUCCCCGGAGAAAGGACGGAGCUUCGCUGAGAGAGAUCUUCCUCCAACAGAGAAGUCUUGUAGAAGCAGUGAGGAACUCGCAACGCAAACGGUGGAACGGCUGCUGCUUUUGGUGGACCGCGAAGGCGCCGCUGUGAGGGAAAAAGCUAAGCAGAGACGUCGCCGCGAGGAUGUCUUGAAAGGCGCAGAAGGAGAAAGGCACCCGGAAGCGACAGAGAAAGAGACGGAAGGAGGCUGUUCAGAGAAAGAGGGCAAGACUACGCAGCGUCAAAGAAGAAGAGACGUCUAUCUACAGACCUUGCGCCUCCUCGGAGGAGAGUGCGACACACAUCUUCUCGGCCAAGUUCUCAAAGGAUACCUCAGGGCGGAGCGCGUGGAACGACGCGAGGACAGAGACAGAUUCUUGCGUCUGAAAAGAAACGCUCUUCACACGCUUCUUGUGCUCUCUUCUCUGGACGCGUAG